AUGGGAUCUUUUGUGGUACUGGACGGACAUGAUUCCGAAGAUCCAAAGCAAAGCACUGCUGAUAUGACAGUUUUUGUGCAAAAACUUCUUCAGCAGAUGCUUGCAAGGGAUGCUUUUGAAGAUUUGAUUAAGGAAUUAAAUGGGAGUUUCAAAGUUUUGUUAUGUGGUUAUGUUUUUCUUAAUGUCAAUGCACUUGAUGAGAUGGGAAACCGUAUAAAUGAUUUGGAACAAAGCAUCAAUGAUCUAAGAGCAGAGAUGGGAGUGGAGAGCACUCCAUCACCUGAGAUCCCUGCUUCCCCUGCUAAGCCAAAGGAAGAAGAGUCGAACAAAGAAGAAGGUUCUGCAUGA